AUGACACCUUCAUCCAGCUCUACAGCAGCGACCAAUGAAUUCGGGUCAACAGUAGGGGCUGCUAUAUCCACUACACCAGCAGAAACUACCUAUGCACGGUCAACAGCAGGAGCAGCUGUCCCCACCACGUCUGUACCCUGCGAGACAACAGAAGCCAGCACUACAGCUGAGAUUCGGUCAACAGCAGGGGCAGCUGCCCCAAACACGUCUGUACUUAGCGAGACAGCAGACUUCAUCACAACAGCUAAAAUUCGUUCAACAGCAGGGGCAGCUCUUCCCACCACGUCUGUCCCCAGUGCAACAGCAGAGGCCAGCACCGCAGCUCAAAUUCGGUCAACAACAGGGGCAACUGUCACCACCACGUCUGUACCCAGUGCAACAGCAGAGGCCAGCACUACAGCUGAGAUUCGAUCAACAGCAGGAGCAGCUGUCCCCACCACGUCUGUACCCAGCGCAACAGCAGAGGCCAGCACCACAGCUCAAAUUCGGUCAACAGCAGGGGCAGCUGUCCCAAAACCGACGUCUAUACUUAGCGCGACAGCAGAGGCCAGAACCACAGCUGAGAUUCGAUCAACAGCAGGAGCAGCUGUCCCCACCAUGUCUGUACCCAGCGCAACAGCAGAGGCAAGCACUACAGCUCAUAUUCGAUCAACAACAGGGGAAGCUCUCCCCACUACGUCUGUACCAAACGCAACAGCAGAAGCCAGCACCACAGCUGAGAUUCAGUCAACAUCAGGGGCAUCUGUCCCAAACACGUCUGUACCCAGCGCAACAACAGAGGUCAGCACCACAGCUCAAUCUCCGCCCAACACUUCAACAGAAUUCCACGUUACAGUCACAUCGUCAGCAACAGCUGUAACUACCCUGUCUCCAUCAAAAUCCUCUACUGGUACUACUCUAACACAGACCAGUACCAUGCUGUUGUCAUCCACAACAGAAACUGUUGUAGGUACCACUUCACCACCAACAAUCCCUCCAACAAAAACUGCCGCAGGUGCCGACUCCACAGUCGUUAACCCAACAGCAGAAGGUGCUGUAGUAGAAAUACUCUUAUCAACGACCCACGUGCCGAACACCACAGCAGUGUCUGGCACCACGGUGGCUUCCUCAGCAACAGUAAAUUAUGUAACGACCACGUCCUCACUAAAAACCUCUGCGUCCAACCAAAGAACAAAUAUCAGCACCGCAGCAAUAUUUCGCUCAACAGCAGGGAUUGCUGUACUCACGUCUGCGUCAACCACCCCUGCACCCAUCACGACAGCAGAGGACAGCUCCAUGGUUGUUCCGUCAACAGCAGGGGCUGCUUCGUUUACCACGCCUCAACCAACGACCCCUGCACCCAGCACUACAGCAGAAGACCAGGCCUUGGUAGCUUCGUCCACAGCAGCUGUACCCACCAUGUCUCCAAUGAUGAUACCUGCAUCCAAUUCUACGGCAGAGGUCAGCACUACUGGAUUCCGGUCAACAGUAGGAGCUGCUGUACCCAUGUCAGCUAUUACGACCGCUGCACCGACCACUACAGCAGAGAACAGCACAAUUGUAGUUCGGUCAAACGCGGCAUCUUCUGCACCAAUCACAUCUUCAACGGCAACCCAUGCACCCAACUCUUCCAAAGAGGCUAGUAGUAGUACAAUUGUAGUUUGGUCAACAGCAGGGGUUGCUCAAUCAAGUACGUCUCCACUAGCGCCCGCUUCAUCAAACGUUACAGCAUGGGACAGCACCUCGGCGAUUUCGUCAGCACCAGGGGCAGUAACCACCGCGUCUCAAUCGAAGACCUCUGCAAGUACCACUGGAGCAGAGUCCAGCACUGAUUCAGCGUCGUCAUUAGUAGGGAUUGGUGAUGUGACGACCACGUCACCACUAAUGACCCCUUCACCCAACACGUCAGCAGAGACAAGCACCAAGGUGCUUUCCUCAACCGCAGGGGCUGCUGCAACCAACAAAUCAACGACACCGGCAAGUGACACUGCCAUGGCUUUGUCAACACCUGAGGCCGCUGUAACAAUCACCUCUUCAUCGAAGACCUCUGCACGUUCCGCAACAGAAGGGACCAGCGCUAUGACGGUGUCAACUGUAGGGGCUGUUGUACCCACCAUGUCUCCACCAACGGCCACUGCAACAAGAAAUACAAAAGGCAACACCAUCGUAGUUUUGUCAACAUCAGAGCCUGUUGUCCCCAACUCUGCACCACAGAGAGGCACCACAGCUGUACUUCGGCCAACAUCGAGGCUUGCUACAUCCCCACCAACGAUACCUGAACUCAACAAUACCGCAGAUGCCAGCACCGCUGCUUUGCUUUGGUCAACACUAGUGGCAGCUUCACCACCACCGAACCCUGCAUCCAACUCUACAGCAGAGGAGAAUGCCUCAAUGGUUUCAUCAACAAUCAUGGGAACUGCUGUACCAACCACGUCUCCACCAAUGACUGCUGCCAGUAACUUUACAGCAGAAGGCACCACCAAUGUAGUUCGGUCAACAGCAGGGGCAGUUCUCACAGUACCAGCCCAACAUAUAACAGAUACCAACAUCACGCCAACGUCUUCAAAGGCAGGGGCUACUGUAACCACAAUGGCAGUAUCAAAGCCACGUGCACCUUACACAGCUAGAGCAGAAUCGGAGGUCAACAUCCCGGCUGUUGCGUCCAUCGCAGAGGCUGAUGUGGCCACAACGUCUCCACUCGCUACAACUAACGCUACCAUGGCGGCACGCAUCCCAGUCGCUUCAUCAUCAGCAGGGGCUGAUGUAUCCACACGGUACGGCAACCAUGUUUCAAACAACACGUUUGCCAACCACGACUCCAGUCGGCAGGACACCGGUGUGGCAGUCUCAAUCGGCGUCCAGUUCUCCGGCAGUGAAGCUCCAGAUGAGGAACAAGUCGGCACCGUCCUCGUCACGGCUGCGCAGAGCUCGGCAUUGACUGUUGGCGGAGUGGCGAUUACAGACGUGGGGAUAGUUUUAAAAUGA